AUGGUGCACAUAGCGUUCCAAGGUAUUCAAGCCUACCCCUUUAUAAAGCGAAGUUCUAUACUGCAUUUCUCACAUAACCUCAUUUCAUUUCAUUACAUACAUAUAGAGCUAUCUAACAUGAAAACACCCAUGAAAUCUUUCGUUGCAACUUUUUUUUUCAUUCUGGUUGUGUGUGAUGUGUCUCUAGCAAGAACAGAGAAAAGCCAGAAUGAUAAGAUUACUUACAUAGUACAUGUUGCCAAAUCCAUGAUGCCUACAAGCUUCGACCACCAUUCAAUCUGGUACAAAUCAAUUCUUAAGUCGGUGUCCAAUUCAGCUGAAAUGUUAUACACCUAUGAUAAUACAAUUAAUGGAUUCUCGACAAGUCUGACGCUCGAAGAACUUCGGUUACUAAAGAGCCAAAUUGAGAUUCUAAAGGUGACACCAGAUCAACAGUACAAACUCCUUACAACUCGUACACCAGAAUUCCUUGGGCUCGAUAAAAUUGCUAGUAUGUUCCCCACAACAAAUAACAGCAGUGACGUAGUUGUGGGACUCCUUGAUACAGGUGUUUGGCCUGAAAGUAAGAGCUUUGAUGAUACAGGCUAUGGGCCAAUCCCCCGUAGUUGGAAAGGAAAAUGUGAAACAGGUACCAAUUUCACAACCUCAAAUUGUAAUAAGAAAUUGAUUGGUGCCAGGUUCUAUUCAAAAGGCAUCGAGGCAUCUACAGGAUCGAUUGAUGAAACCAUCCAGUCUAGAUCCCCCCGAGAUGAUGACGGCCAUGGAACCCACACAGCGAGCACAGCUGCAGGAUCUCCAGUGAGCAACGCAAAUCUUUUUGGCUACGCUAAUGGGACUGCUCGUGGAAUGGCUGCUGGUGCUAGAGUUGCUGUUUAUAAGGUUUGUUGGAAAGAAGCUUGUAGCAUUUCUGAUAUACUAGCUGCAAUGGACCAGGCCAUUGCCGACAAUGUCAAUGUUCUUUCGUUGUCUCUUGGAGGUGGAUCAAUUGAUUACUUUGAGGACAACCUCGCAAUUGGAGCAUUUGCAGCAAUGGAGCAUGGGAUUCUAGUUUCAUGUGCUGCAGGAAACUCUGGUCCUAAUCCUUUGAGUGUUACAAACGUAGCACCUUGGAUUACAACUGUUGGAGCUGGCACCCUCGAUCGAGAUUUCCCUGCAUACAUUAGUCUUGGAAAUGGAAAAAAAUAUCCAGGUGUGUCCCUUUCUAAAGGAAAUUCUUUGCCCGAUACUCCCGUACCAUUCAUAUAUGCAGGAAAUGCAAGCAUCAAUGGCCUAGGUACUGGUACAUGCAUUUCGGGUAGCUUGGAUCCAAAAAAAGUUUCAGGAAAGAUUGUGUUAUGUGAUCGUGGAGAGAGCUCUAGGACAGAAAAAGGAAACACAGUAAAGUCUGCCGGUGGUUUGGGCAUGGUGUUAGCUAACGUUGAGAGUGAUGGAGAAGAACCCGUGGCAGAUGCCCAUAUUUUGCCUGCAACUGCCGUGGGCUUCAAAGAUGGUGAAGCUAUCAAGAAAUACUUAUUUUUUGAUCCAAAACCAACUGCCACAAUUUUGUUUAAAGGAACAAAGCUCGGGGUUGAGCCGUCACCUAUUGUUGCAGAAUUCAGCUCACGAGGCCCCAAUUCAUUAACACCACAAAUAUUGAAGCCUGAUUUUAUUGCUCCAGGUGUUAACAUCUUAGCAGCAUAUACAAGGAAUGCGAGCCCCACAGGGUUGGAUUCAGAUCCUAGGCGUGUAGAUUUCAACAUUAUCUCAGGCACAUCCAUGUCAUGCCCUCAUGCAAGUGGAUUAGCAGCUUUGAUUAAGUCAGUUCAUCCAGACUGGAGCCCAGCUGCCAUUAGAUCUGCUUUGAUGACAACAACUUAUACGGCUUACAAGAACAAUAAGACAUUAUUGGACGGUGCUAACAAAAAGCCAGCGACUCCGUUUGAUUUUGGUGCAGGACACGUCAACCCUAUUUUUGCGCUAAAUCCUGGACUUGUCUAUGAUUUGACAGUGGAUGACUAUUUGAGCUUCCUUUGUGCAUUGAACUACUCAGCUGAUAAAAUUGAAAUGGUGGCAAGGAGAAAGUACACAUGUGACCCAAAGAAACAAUAUAGUGUAACAAACCUUAACUACCCUUCCUUUGCAGUAGUUUUUGAGGGUGAGCAUGGUGUAGAGGAGAUCAAACACACACGAACUCUUACCAAUGUGGGUGCAGAAGGAACGUACAAGGUAUCUAUCAAGUCAGAUGCUCCAUCCAUCAAGAUAUCAGUUGAACCAGAAGUGUUAAGUUUUAAGAAAAAUGAGAAGAAGUCGUACAUAAUUACAUUUUCGUCAUCAGGUUCAAAACCAAAUAGCACUCAAAGUUUUGGAAGUUUGGAAUGGUCUGACGGAAAAACUGUUGUAAGAAGUCCUAUUGUGUUUAGUUGGAAAUUAUAAUGAAAUCUCCAAGAAUGUUUUAGUGUUAUGAUUAUAUAAUAAAUAUAAUAAAAUA